UCCUAUCAAGCACAAGCAAGAGGAGAGGCGGCUCCGUUUCUCCUGAAGCAGAGAAAUCAUUCUGCUAUUGAACAGGAUGGGCAUCGCUUCGUGCAAUCUCCGAGGGACGAGAAGCAGAAGGAGAAGCAGCAACAGCAGCAUCUAUAGGCUUUGUUGACAGUUGCGUCGUCGCGUCUUAGUGUGCUGAAUAUUAUGUUAGAAAUUCAUAUAUUCAUUUUUAUCAUUCCUGCGGGAUAGUGUUAGUUUUUGUGCCUACUUUCAUUAUUUUGGUAAUUGUGAACUAUUCCACUGCCAUCCAAGACCCUAUUGAAUGUUUAAUAUUUCGACAUUGAACUGUUCGGAAUCCUCGUGUGAAAGUCACCUUGUUUGAGGCACUGAAUUAUGAAGGUUCAGUUUGACCUUUAAGGAAAAUUUUCAUGCUCAUGCGCAGUGGACUGAUUCAUUAAAUGUGUUUGCGCUUGAUGGAAAUGUCUUUGAAGCGUGAAAAAGAACACUUUGUUUCGUAAUUUAUUUUGUAAAAUUUUUAUUCGUUUUACAGUAGUCCUGCACCUUCGAAAAAAAUUUGAUUCUGAAGGGUUUUGCAUACCUUUAGGAGUAUUUGUUUACUUCUGAAAAAGACUAUGUUGAAAACAUUCGCCUCAUUUUGGUAAGCAGUUUACGUAUAGUGAUGCAAAGACCAAUGUAAAAAUAGAAAAUGGAUAUCUGACGAGACGUUCUUGUAGUGGCCUAAAGUUACCGAAUGUGAUGGCUCCAAGUGACAUUGAGUGAUACCGGAUUAACAGCAUAACUAACUGAAAGAUGUUUCUUUGGCCUUUGCUUCGCUCUUCAUGAUUUCUCUUGACCUCUAUAGGUAAGAGGAAGUGCUAUGAUAGUUGGUCGAUGCUGGAGUUAAGCUGCCAGAGGAACAAUUGACGAAGAAUAUCAACCUACUCCUGUAUCGUCUUCUAAAUGAAAAGCCCCAAAUCGUGAACAGUUUUAUUUUUAGGCCAUGAAUUAUAUUUACAUUUAAAUUUUGCCGAAUAGCUGUUAAAUCAUUAUUUUAAAGUUUCUGUUUGUAAAGUGCUUAUUCUAGCCAUGGGUUUUACAUAAAGGUAAAAGAUACUGAAGUGUAUAUGAGAUUUAGUGGUGUGAAGUUGAAAAUAGAUAAACAUCAAGUAGACUGAAAAAAAAACAGACUGAAUUAACUUGCCCAUCUUAACGUUAAAAGAAAAAUUGCACUGAAAGCGUAAUUUGAUCAUCUCUUUGAUGCAACCGAGAAACAAUUAGUGUCUCUGAGCGAGUGCCAGCAACAAGCGGCCGGGACCUUGACAUACGAAUUUUGCAGCUUCAGGAUAGCAGUUUCCAGGCAGUGAGGGAGAAAUGGAUUCUAUGAUGAAGGGUCUGGUCACCUCUUCCAGCUAUCUGCUGUCCAGCACUCCGGCAGUCGCUAGUUCAGGCGAUGCUGUUUCAACGCACGUGAAGGAGUACAGCGACCAUCUUUCUUCCCUGCCGUUCUUUCCGUUGGGUCAAAAAGAACUUUAUCCUUCCGACCCGUUCUCUUCGCCGUCGCCCUUUGCAAAUACCACAACUUGCAAGCAGAACGAAUCGAGAGCCGCCUUCCUUCAACAAAAUCACACUCUGUGUCCUCCCGUUCCUCCAUUGCUCUCGAACUUUCCUGUCUGUCUGUCGAACUUCCCCAAACAUUCGGAGUUGACGCCUUUAAAACAUCAAGCAAAUCCUUUUAAAAUACCCAACGGUGACCUUUGUGUCUUCCCAUCACAAGACUUUCCUAAUGGCAAGAACUCGUACCAUUCGCUUAGUGAUGCCGGGCAUUUUGUCUUGCCUCCGAAUUGGAAUGAGAAUUCGAGUAAACCACCUUCCAAAAUCGACAACUUCUUGGCCAAUUCCAUAGACCUUUUCCUCAAUGCUAAGGACCCCGCUUGCGACUCGGCCUUGGGCGUGUUGGACCACACAGACAACGUGCCCUCGGUUCCGACCCAAAACUUCGAGAUGAACCAAGAGAAAGAGCCUCCAUACCCAAAGGCCUCCAGGCUCGUGUGCUCAGCCCCAUACAUGAAGUUACCUCCACCAACGCCCAUUGCCGCUCAGAAAUCUCGAGGGAGGUGGGUGAGGCCCUUGGGGUACGCCGAGAGAUUCAUGUCCAAAGCGCACGAGUACGGAUGUAUGAGCACCAUCUACGCUGUCUGGUUGAAUUCCAAGCGGCCAGUCCCCUUCACCUACAUCAGACAAGCAGCUUUUAUCAUGUACAGGAAGAUGCCCCACCUCCGCCUGGCCUUAGGUCAUCAUCGGGGAGAUCGCUGGUGGAAGGAGAUGGAGACGGAGAAAGUGGACGUCGAGGAAUUGAUCACGAGCAACAUCAGUGCCACCGUGGAAGACCUCCUGAAGCGGCGGUACCGGAUGGAGGAAGGGCCUUUGUGGUUCACCCGUUUCAUCACGCUCGACCCCGAUGAAGGAGAAGACCCCGCCGGUAGCACCCACCAAGCAAAGCAUAGAUACGUGUGCAUCUUUGGGUUCCACCACAACGUCACCGACGGCACCACUAACAUGAAGUUCUGCAGAGUUUUUCUGGAGGUCUUAAACUGCAUGUUGGAGGGGAAAGAUAUUGACAUGAAGCAAGAGGGCUAUUUCGCCGAGCCCUUGCACGACAGACUUGCCGAUUCUGUUUCCAACAAGUGGCGUAUGUUCCUCAUCUUCGUCCGGAGGUUCUAUAAAGGCAUGCUGUGCUACGGCGCCUUUGUCAGGAAUUUUACUCGAUAUUACCGCAUGACGAGACGCCGCUCCGCUGCAACCCACGUAAUUCACCACGAGCUGGACGAAACCACGACCGAAAAACUUCUCCGGCGUUGCAAGGAGGAGAGGGUCACUCUCAAUUCGGCUUUCAUCACAGCUGCAAAUUUAGCCCUGUACAGUAUGAUCAUAGCCAAGGACCCUUCUGUCAAGUCCUCUCCCGUGAAUUCCCUUCAGGCCAUCAACAUGAGACGCUACUGGCCUAAGGACAAGCAACCAGACACCUUCGGCUGUCAUAUCUCCAUGCUGGACGUGAGCUUCGUCGUCAAAAGGCAGCACUUCGACUGCUUCUGGGACUGUGCCCGGCUGGUCCACGCCACCAUUCUGCACCAGUUGAACAAGACGCGCCAUCCGCUCAUAGUCCAGCCCAUGAGCGAACGUUUGAAACUAGUCGUCGUGGCCAACUCUUUCCUCAACCACUUCAGAUUGCCCUCCACGAAUGACAACCACUUUUGCGUCACUAAUAUGGGCGACCUGUCGGCGGUCUUCCCUGGCACAGGUCCCGUCGUCGAGGCUUCCAAGGUCAUGAGAUCCGUUUCCUGCCACUUCAUGUCCACUCUCUGCCAACACACGAUCCACACCUUCCGAGGGAAGUUGUCUUAUUCCCUCGAUUAUUACACCCAAAAAAUGUCGAAGGACACAGCCUCCACUUAUGGCCAAGAGAUUCUGAAGGUUCUCAGGUCGUCGGUUGAUUCACCAAAGUAAUCGGAAUUUCGAAUCAAAGUUUUUACAGUUUUACGAAGCGGCAUUCUGACUAAUCUUAGACUACAAGUACAAAAGGAAUUUUGUUCCCUAUUGCAUUGCGAUUGAAGGAAGAAUAUCCUUACUGAAUAUCCCAGGUAACCUAAUAUUUAUCAAUCAAAAUAAAUAUCCGAAAGUGGAACCAUACCUAAGAGGUUAUAAAGUUUUUUUUUUUCACUUAGGGAAAAGUGAAAAAGUUGGUUUCUUGAAGUGAUUAACUUUUGCACUGAAGGUAUUGUCACUGCCAUUUAAACCCAGCUAAACUUGCAGUAGCCUUGGCAAGUGUGAAUAAUGAUGCCGCGUUCCAGUUUUAAGAAUCCGAGAAACUGUUCGUCUAUUCUUACGUGAUGUAGAUUAUCAGUACUUAUUAGCUUUAAACAAAGUAUCAUAAGAAAUUUAUAUUUUUUGUAAGUAUAAUUUAGUUUUCUCAGUAUAGAUCACUUACUCGUCUUUUAUAGUGUGGAGGAUUUUAUUAGUUUUUCUCUGAAAAUCCAUUCUUUUAGUACAUUCACUGUGCUCUAUUGAAGUUAGUUACCGCUCUGUAUUACUACUAAUCACUUUUGUAAUUAUUGUUAUAAUAUCAUGACUAAUCGCUUUUUCUUUAUAUAUAUAUACAGGGUGUGUUUUAUUUGUUGCCCUUUUAUGCUUCGAAGCCUCACUCCACUCCAUUUUUAACACUCCAUUACAAAUUAUUAUUUGUAAUUGAAACCAAAUUUGAGAAUAUGAUAGAAAAAUUCUUGUUAUGCAUGCAUGUCCGCGCAUAUGACUUUGUGAAUCAGUUGAGAGAUGGAGUUACGACAUUGAAAGAUUGUUUGCAACAUGAUAUUUCAAGGUGACAUUGCAAGCCCCGUGAUUUUUCAGUGCGCUCGCUCGCUGUUAUGCUCUGUUGUUUCUCUUUUUGUUAUGACGCCUUUGCACAGAAUUUUUUUCAGUAAAAUAAAUGU